CUCUCUCUCUCUCUCUCUCUCUAACUAUUGCUUCCCUCUCUAUCUCCACUCUCUCUCUAAACUAGUUGAUUCCCCCUCUCUCUCUCUCUCUUCCCCAUUAUGCAGCAGGAAAUGAAGCAUGAGGGGAAGGUUAAUGCAAGUUCCCUCGAAAUAAGAAAGCGCAGAAAACAGGCCUCCACCUUAUUGGAAACUCUCACAUAAAUAGAGGUCCCCAUCAAAGCCCAAAGAGAAACCAGAAGCCCACAAAAAUGGUGAGACCCGCUACGACACGCCCACCCCUGCACCACCACCACCACCACCACCACCCCACCAAAUACGCACACAGCCCCGCCCACAGCGCCAUCCUCGCCGGCGACCACACUGCCCUCCGAGCCAUUGUCGCCGGCCUCCCCAGCCUCUUCUUUCCGCCUCCUGGCCCUCCCCCUCUCCUCACCCACACUGAAGCCCAACUCGAAGAACAGAAAGCGGCCCAAACAUCCGCUGUUCUAGACCGACGCGAUGUGCCCAAUCGUGACUCUCCUCUCCAUUUAGCGGUGCGAUUGGACGACCCGACCUCGGCUGAAAUCUUAAUGGCUGCUGGUGCCGACUGGAGCCUACAAAAUGAGCAGGGAUGGAACGCGUUGCAGGAGGCGAUUUUCAGGCGCCAGCCUGAAAUUUCCGCCAUUAUAGUUAGACACUACUAUCCGUUGGCUUGGACCAAGUGGUGCAGGCGUUUGCCUAGGUUGAGACUGGCUAUGGGGAAAAUGCGGGAUUUUUACAUGGAGAUCGACUUCAGGUUUGAGAGCUCUGUGAUUCCUUUUGUUGGGCGCGUUGCUCCUUCUGAUACAUACAGGAUUUGGAAGAGGGGUUCGGACCUGAGGGCCGAUAUGAGCUUGGCCGGGUUCGAUGGGUUCAGGAUACAGAGAGCUGAUCAGAGCUUCCUCUUUUUUGGCCAUGGAAGCAAUGGGUCGGCUUCUGGUUCGCUUUUGGUCCUGACCCAUAAAGAUAAGAAGGUGGUUGAUGCUCUGGAAGGAGCAGGAGCUCGGCCAAGUGAGGCUGAGGUGGAGAAAGAGGUGGCAGCCAUGGCUAGGUCGAGUAUUUACAGGCCUGGAGUUGAUGUGACGAUGGCUGAGCUCGUGCCUUUGCUCACAUGGCGGCGGCAGAUUCGAGCAGAGAUGGUCGGGCCAUGGAAGGCUAAGGUCUACGAGAUGAGGAAUGUUAGCUUCAGCGUCAAAUCAAGGCGAGCACCGCCGCCACCAACUCCGAUUGAUGUGACGCCAUUGAAUAAUUUGAAUGAGGAGGAGAAGAGCUUUAUGAAGGAGAUGGCCGACAUUGAUAAGAAAGCUAAAGGGGAUCCCAACCAUGGGAGCCAGAGGAGGAGCUGCUAUGGCAAAGAGGCCUCCUGUCUUGAUGACGGGUUUCGCACGGGCAAUGCAAACGGUGCUUUUUCCGGCCAAAAUGUGGGUUUUUUGGGUAAAAAUGCCGCAGUUUCCGGCUGCGGAGGCUUGGAUUCUGGUGAUGAUGGGUGGUUUUCUGGCGAAGAAGAUUGGUUUUCUGGUGAUCAAGGGCGGUUCUUGGGUGCAGGAGAGAGGAGAUCGGUUUAUGUUGAAGGAAAGGUGGGUGGUUUAAUGGAGGAGGAAAGCGGAUUCCAGUCGAGUGAAAGCGGUUUUCCGGCUGGUCGGAGGUCGCUGGAUUCCAUCCCUAUAGAGGAGGAAGACGGUGGCAAGAAGGAGAGCGAAUUCCGGCGAGGGCUAAGGCCGGUAAUUUGGCUGACGGAGGAGUUCCCGUUGGAGACGGAGGAGCUACUUCCGUUACUCGAUAUACUGGCCGAUAAGGUCAAGGCCGUGAGGAGAUUGCGCGAGCUUCUCACCACCAAGUUCCCCAACGGAACUUUUCCCGUUAAGGUCUCUAUUCCUGUGGUUCCAACCAUAAAAGUUGUGAUAACUUUCACUAAAUUCGAAGAAUGGAAACAAGAAAGCAACGAGUUAUCGACCCCAAGUCGAAACCCUAAUAAACAAUCAUGGUUGCAGUGGGUAAAAUCGCCGUAUUCUGGUGCCGUUAAAGGGAUUCCAGCCAUCUCCAGUGACCCUUUCGCUAUACCAAGCGAUUAUACUUGGGUGAAAUCAGGUGGCCGGAAAGGCCACCAUAGAGAGAAGAAGAGCCCAAAGGAUAGAGAGAAGAAGCAGAAGGGGAAAAGGGUCUGAUCCAUGUACGUCCAUUUUUGUUCGUGUUCUUCUUCGAUUACAGAGAAAACCCCACAUCUAUUGAUUCAAUAUUGGGAGAGGAGACAAGAGGAAAGAAUAGUUUUCCUUUGGAGUUUUAGAUUUGGCUUUUUUUUAUUUUUGUUCACCCUUAUUUAUUUUUGCCAGAGGAUUUCAUGCUCCUGAGGGAGCAUACCGUUUAUUUAUUUACUCCGAUAAAACUCGAUCAAUGGGUACUUUGGUUGAUUCAACAGUUAUCAA